UUGUACAUAAUAGGGAUGAGCCCCAGUUCAUCAUCUGUGCCCAUCCAAGCAGUCAUAGUGGCAGUUACAGCAGCAAUUGUGGCGGUGGUGGUGAUAGUGGGGCCAGCAAUAGCCACAACAAUUACUGGAAUAGUGGUGGCAGUGCUGAUGGUCCUAGGGGUUUAUUGGUGGGGUGGCUGCGGUGGUAGUGGUGUCUUUACAAAGGGUCGAAAACUUGAACUAGAGGUGGAGCCACAGUACUCUGGGGCAAGGAUACAGGGAGAUGUUAUUACUUUGGAUUUUGUAAUGAAAAUGGUUGAUGACUUCAAGAAACAGAAGUGCUUACACAAACGGUAUGCAUUCCAGAUUGUCUUACAAACAAGGGAAAUGUUGCGGGCUCUGCCUUCUCUUGUUGAUAUAAAUAUUCCUGAUGACAAUCAUUUUACUGUGUGUGGUGAUAUACAUGGUCAGUUCUAUGAUCUGUUAAACAUUUUUGAGCUUAAUGGGCUUCCCUCAGAAGAGAAUCCAUAUCUGUUUAAUGGUGACUUUGUGGAUAGGGGAUCGUUUUCUUUGGAGGUCAUCCUCACAUUAUUUGCCUUUAAGUGCAUGUCUCCAUCAGCUAUAUAUCUUGCUAGAGGAAAUCAUGAGAGCAAGAGCAUGAACAAGAUAUAUGGCUUCGAGGGUGAGGUCCGAUCAAAGUUGAACGAAACAUUUGUGGAACUCUUUGCAGAAGUGUUCUGUUGUUUGCCUUUGGCUCAUGUGCUAAAUGAGAAGGUUUUUGUAGUCCAUGGAGGCCUUUUUAGUGUUGAUGGUGUUAAACUGUCUGAUAUUAGGGCAAUUGAUCGGUUCUUUGAGCCUCCUGAGGAAGGAUUGAUGUGUGAACUACUAUGGAGUGAUCCGCAACCUCUCCCUGGAAGAGGUCCUAGCAAACGAGGAGUGGGUCUUUCUUUUGGUGCUGAUGUGACAAAAAGAUUUCUGCAGGAUAAUAAUCUAGACUUAGUUGUGCGAUCUCAUGAAGUAAAGGACGAAGGUUAUGAGAUUGAGCAUGAUGGAAAACUUAUUACUGUAUUUUCUGCACCAAAUUACUGCGACCAGAUGGGUAACAAGGGUGCUUUUAUUCGUUUUGAAGCCCCUGAUUUGAAGCCAAAUAUAAUUACAUUCUCAGCUGUGCCUCACCCGGAUGUCAAGCCAAUGGCAUACGCGAACAAUUUUCUUAGAUUAUUCUCUUAAUACAUCUCCUUGCCGAAUGGGUUGGCUGUGUACGAAUUUGCCAUAGAUGGUUCUGCUGUUGAAGUGCAGGUUGAUUCUGGCAGCUGGAAAAGAUCCUUUACAGUUUACAUGUUGACAAAUGCAGCAGCUUUCUUUAGAUUAUUCUCAUCUUAAGUGACUUUUAUUUGUUUGUAACAAAUUUGAGGCAUUGACCAUUCUGAAAUUUUCUUUCUUGUCAAAAGCGAGGCUUUUCUAGGUGGAUCCAAAAUGGGGACCGAAGAGGCAAUGGGAGGUUAGAUUAGAUUAGACUUUAGAGUUUAGAGUCUUAUUAAAUGUACGAAUAUUUUUUAUGUGUCUUAUUUUCUGAGUGAAUUACUGAAUUACAUUUAUUUCUGCCCAUUUUGUGAUUUUAACUUUAUGAUUUAUUCUUUUAAUGAUAAUGUGGGAUAAACUUGUCUUA